AUGGGAGAUAAGGUGCGGUGUCCAAAAGAAAUAAGAUCGAACCCCAGCAGAAGAAACCCAGAUUUCUGGUGCAAGUUUCAUAAUGAACACGGUCAUAAAACAGCAGAUUGCAGAUUGCUACAAGAUGAAGUAGAGCACUUGUUAAAACAAGGUUAUUUAACCGAUUUGUUUAGUGAUAAGGGUAAGCAAGCAUAUAUGAAGAAUAGACAGGAGCCACCAAAACCUCCAUCACCGAAAAGAAUGGUUAACGUGAUAAGCGGAGGAGAGGGGGUCAACGGUGUGACAUAUACGGCUGCAAAAAAGGUGUCAAAAGUCACAGUUACCCACGGAAAGCGAGUUCGCCAAGUUUUGGAAGAAGACAGUAUAACAUUUGAUGAUAAAGAUGCAGAUGGUGUGAUAAUCCCACACAAUGAUGCACUGAUGCAAGCUGAUGAAAAUGGUACCAAAGCAGUACCUACUGGAUUUGACAUUAAAGCGUGUUACAAAGGGAGAUAA